AUGGGAAUGAGAAAAGAGCUUUGGUCAGAUUUGAGCCAGAUCCAUCACGUGAUUGGAAACUCUCCUUGGCUUCUUAGUGGAGAUUUCAAUGCAGUGCUGGGAAAUGAAGAAAAAUUAGGUGGUGUUAUGCUUACAGAUGCUGAUAUAUUGGAUUUUAGAUCUUUCACAGAGAUUUGUCAGCUCUCUCACUUAAAAACUUUGGGAUGUUUCUACACUUGGAACAAUAAACAGGACUCUGCCACUAGAGUCUGGAGCAGAUUGGAUAGAUCUCUUGUUAAUGACUCUUGGAUCCAGAAUUUUAAUUCCAGUCAUGCAGAAUAUUUACUCCCAAGCUUCUCAGAUCAUUCUCCAGGCCUUAUAUCGAUAUAUGAUGAAGAAACCAGAGGAAAAAAUCCAUUUAAGUUCUAUAAAAUGUGGAUUAACCAUUCCAGUUUCCUUCCCACUGUCUCUGCAGUCUGGCAGUCUCAUAUUGGAGGGUAUAAAAUGUUCUCUGUAAAUUCAAAGCUUAAGCUUUUGAAAGGUGCUUUAAAGAACUUUAAUCAGGUGCACUUCUACAAUAUCUGUGAUCAGGUAUACAAAGCUAGACUGGAGGUAGAGGAUAUUCUUAAUCAGGUGCACUUCUACAAUAUCUGUGAUCAGGUAUACAAAGCUAGACUGGAGGUAGAGGAUAUUCAAAAAAAGUUACAAAUUGAUCCCCUCAACCCAGCCCUUAUCAAUCAAGAGAAGUGCAGUAUUUCCUCCUAUAACAAGCUCUUGAAUUGUGAAUUGUCUUUCUUCAAACAAAAAACUAAAAUUGCUUGGAGCUUACAAGGGGAUAGGUCCACCAGCUAUUUUCACUCUGUCAUCAAAUCAAAUAUGCACCACAAUAGAAUUUUGGUUCUAUAUAAAAGUUCUGGUGAAAGGAUUACUGAGCCUGAAGAUGUUGCAAAUGAAUUAAUUUCUUUUUUCAAGAACCAAAUGGGUACUGCUGUUGUAACUACAAAACCUGACAUUAACAUCAUAAAGAAUGGAUAUCGCCUGAAUGAUGAUCAGGCAAGUUACUUAGCUGCUCCUGUUUCCAAAGAUGAGAUAAGAAUAGCAGUCUUCUCCUUGUCUGAUAAUAAAAGUCCAGGCCCUGAUGGCUUCAGUGCUUCCUUCUAUAAAUCUACUUGGCAUAUUAUUGGAGAGGAGGUUACAAAUGCCAUUGAAGAGUUUUUUACAUCUGGAAAGCUUUUGGGUGCAAUAAAUUCAACAUCACUUACCCUAAUACCCAAGGUAAACUGUCCUAAAUCCCCUUCAGAUUUCAGACCAAUUUCUUGCUGCAAUUGUAUUUACAAGUUUAUCUCAAAGAUUAUUGCAAACAGAAUCAAAUCUGUUCUUGGUUGUCUCAUAAAUGAAGCUCAGUGUGCUUUUGUUAAAGGUAGACAGAUCUCUAACAAUAUUUUGCUAGCGCAUGAGCUUGUCAAGAAUUAUGGUAGGAAGUCUAUUUCUCCAAGGAUUAUGCUGAACAUUGACAUCAAAAAAGCCUUCGAUACUAUCAGUUGGAGUUUCUUGGAGGAUAUGUUGAAUGGACUUGGUUUUCCCAAAAUGAUGAUAACUUGGAUCAUGGCAUGCAUAACUUCUCCAAGGUACUCUAUUUCUCUGAAUGGUACACUCUAUGGAUACUUUAAAGGGGAAAGAGGUCUAAGGCAAGAAUCUUAUGCGGGAAGAUUGCAAAUUAUUAAGAGUGUUAUUCUAGGCACUCAAGUAUUCUGGACUUCAUGCUAUGUCUUACCAGUCAAGGUGUUGAAAAGAAUUGAUGAGCUUUGUAGAAACUUUCUGUGGGGUAGAACAGAUCAAGUGCUUAGGCCUCCUUUGGUUUCUUGGGACAAAGUUUGCACUGAUAAAACAUUUGGUGGUUUAGGAAUAUUUUCUGCAAUUACUUGGAACAUGGCUGCAGUUCUGAAAACCCUAUGGUCUAUUCAUGAAAACAAAGAGUCUAUGUGGAUUAAAUGGGUGCAUGGUAACUAUAUUAAAAAUGGAGAUGUGUGGAAUGUUGAAAGCAAGAGGAAUGAUUCCUGGCUAUGGAGACAGAUACUUAAAACCAGAAAUAAAGCCAUCACAGCUUGUGGAGGAAUUGAUAAUUUGAAGAGAUAUGGGAGAAUUGGAAUUAUCCCAAACACAAUUUUGUGUUCUGGUUGGCAAUUCAAAACAAGCUUCUUACUCAAGACAAACUUCAAAGUAGAGGUAUUAUUCCAUCAAAUUGCUGCAGCUUAUGUUCAGGUACCAGUUUGGAAAAUAGGAAUCACCUUUUCUUCUCCUGUUCUUUCUCUCAAGAAGUCUGGAAUGGGAUUACAAGCUGGCUUAAUUUCAAUUGGAGAACUUGUGAUUGGAAUUUGCUUAUCAACUGGUAUUGCAACAGAUUGA